CUUGAGCUGAGGUGCCAAGAGCUCUCUCUCUCCCUCUCUCUCUCUCUCUCUCUCUCUCUCUCUCUCUCUUUUGGUGCUUGGAGAGAAUAUAGAGAAGAUAAAAAGAAAGACAGGAAGAAGUGGAUAUAGAAAGGACAGGUCUGGCCGGGUUAAGAGGCAUAGCGGUUCGCCUUGGAGGAGGAGGAGGGAAUAGGAGACGAAUGCAGAGGAAGAAAAUUAAGGUCAAAGACAAGUUGAUGGAUUUGUGGCACAAUAUGCUUUUCCCUGUCAGGCGUGUUUGGCUUGCCGUUUCUGCUCGCGUUAAGGCUCGCAAAAAUGGUGCUGGGCUUUUGAAGCUUCACAAUGAUGUACAAACCUGUGGAUAUCAGGACGUCCAGGUGAUGUGGGAAAUACUGAAUCGAUCAGAAUCGUAUCUGAUGGAACACCAUCCCAAGCGCAAGCAACGGGCCUUCUGGAGGGUUUUUCUGUGGUCUAACCAGAAUGCACCAUCAUCCUUAUCUGCAGAUCAUGCUUAAAACAAUAUGAUAAAAUAGUAAUAACACGAUGCUUAUGUCCAGCAACAUAACAUCAGAUCGUCUUUUUACCGACA